UUAAAUGAGCUGUUUGCAGGAUGAUGGAGAGUCAGCACGAGUCUUUGGUCUGGUUCAAGGAGUCGCAGGUCGGGACUGUGAUCAGAAACGGCGUCGUCCCCGAGUGGUUUCAUGGGAUCAUUUCCAGGAAUAUGUCAGAGGAACUGCUGAUGUCCAGGCGUCAAGGCUACUUCCUCAUCAGAGUCAGUGAGAGCCGGAUCGGUUACACUCUCUCAUACCGUGCUGAUGACCGCUGCAGACAUUUCAUGAUCGAUGCAUUAGAGGACGGUCAGUAUAUCAUAGUUGGAGAAGACCUGCGCCACCGGGGUCUGCAGGAGCUCAUAGACUUCCACCGCAGGACUCCCAUCCUGCCUUUCAGCGAGGUGUUGACUGUCGCUUGUGGACAGAGAUCCAAUCACAAGUCUGACUAUGCAGAGCUGCUGUUUUCCCCAAAACCUGUAAAUACCAACAUCAGUUGGAUGGAAAACAACUCGAAGCAUCCAAGCUCAACCCUCCCAACAUCAGAAGAAGAAAUCCCCCCCGCUCUUCCUCAUCGAGAUACCAUGAGGAACUCUGCAGUCCUGUCUCCAAACAGACUUUACCCUAAUCUGUCAGUAGACCAUCCGUUCAUCACCCCUCCUCUCCCAGCAUCGCCUGUGAUCAGAAAGAGAUCGGACAACCCUCCGUCCCACCAGCGCCCGGAGGUCCCCGCCCGAAGCCCCUUCCUUCCAGCGAGGCAGAACCAGGCUUGCAUCAGAACAGUUUCUUCAUCUGGGACCCCCCUCGCUCCCGCAGCCACUCCACCCCACAUGAGCGCCACCAUGCAGUCUGCAAAGAUUCAGGAAGCAAAGCUGGCAGUCGUCUCCAACCUGAAGAACCUGAAGAAGAAAUUACAAAAGAUAGGCAGACCGUUGCCGGAGAAUCCCGUGGAGGAGAGGAGUGGAGUCACGGAGAACGAGUACCAGGAGAUCACAGGGAUGCACGCUGUUAAUGAGUCGCCAUAUUCCCUCGCUUAUGAUGAUGACGGGUUACCUUACGAAUACCUUCCUCCUCCAGCUUUUGCUCCUGGCUACUACAAUCCUCCUCCACCUUCUGCUCCAUUUGAGAAUAUUGUACAGAUGGAUCCGACCCUAAGAGGCGGCAGAAACACGACAGAAGCAUCAACAAACAAAAAAGGAGCUAUUGACCAUUAAUACACUUUAAAGGUCACCUAUUAUGCAA